UGAGGGUGUCACACGGUGCUGAGGGAGACUUACAGCCUGCUAGCUAGCUAGCACAUCAAUCUGAACCCAGGGGUUUACGAGCAACAAGCCUUUCCAAAGCUUCAAAGAGUUUUUGUUUUUAUUCAUUACUCAUAUCGAGAACUUAUGGGCGGUCUGUGGGACGAAGAGUGCCCCCCGUAAGAACUGAAGCGGAAUGGUAAUGAAGGAACUCUGUGUGCCGACUCCCCUCUCUGUGUGGAAAUGGUUUUAACAGGUGCUGCUCUGGAGGCCUCGGGAACACGCAUUUGGGCUGGUGCAGCCUUGGAAAAAAUAGUGUUUUGAUCACUUUGUGGAAUUUGAACCAAAAAACGGACCUGUUUCUAUUUUUUUUUGUUGUUUUAAGUAAAAGAGCACUUGACACAUUCUAGUCGGUUUUGCCCGUGAGCACUCAGCCCUCAACCAACCGCCAAAAUGCCGAGCUCCACGAUUCGGCGGCAGAUGAAAAACAUGGUGAACAACUACUCGGAGGCGGAGAAGAAGGUGCGGGAGGCCACCUCCAACGACCCGUGGGGCCCCUCCAGCUCGCUGAUGUCGGAGAUCGCCGACCUCACCUACAACGUGGUGGCCUUCUCUGAGAUCAUGAGCAUGAUCUGGAAGCGGCUCAACGACCACGGCAAGAACUGGCGGCACGUCUACAAGGCGCUGACGCUGCUGGACUACCUGAUCAAGACCGGCUCGGAGCGCGUGGCCCUGCAGUGCAAGGAGAACAUCUUCGCCAUCCAGACGCUCAAGGACUUCCAGUACAUCGACCGUGACGGCAAGGACCAGGGCAUCAACGUGCGCGAGAAGUCCAAGCAGCUGGUGGUGCUGCUGAAAGACGAUGAUCGGCUGAAGGGUGAGCGCUCCCAGGCCCUCAAGACCAAGGAGCGCAUGGCGCAGGUGGCCACCAGCACGGGCAGCAACAACCAGAUGGGCUUCGGCCGCGGCUCCAGCCAGCCCAACCUCUCCAGCAGCUACUCGGAGGACUACGGCAAGUCUGAGGGCUCCCCAGCCUCCUACCAUGGGUCCACGUCCCCGAACGCUUCGUCGGAGCUGGAGCAGGCCCGGCCGCAGACGAGCGGGGAGGAGGAGCUCCAGCUGCAGCUGGCCCUGGCCAUGAGCCGAGAGGCCGCCGAGCAGGAGGAGAGGAUGCGGCGUGGGGAUGACCUGAGGCUGCAGAUGGCCCUGGAGGAGAGCCGUAAAGACUCCAGCACAGGGAAAGUGGCCAAGAAGAAGAAAGAGCCUGCCCAGACAUCUCUGAUGGAUUUAAUGGACGCGGUUCCCGAAGGCCCCGCGGAUCAGGUUUCAGACCCCUGGGGAACAGGAGCAGCGGCUGCCGCCUCAGACCCCUGGCAAUCAUUUGGAGCAGCCUCAAAGCCAGCUGCACCUGUUGAUCCUUGGGGCCCACCGCCAGCUUCUGUUUCAGCCACUCCCAUGAAGAGCGCUGACCCCUGGGGGUCCUCCACAGCACCAGCAGCCUCCGACCCCUGGGUGUCAGGGUCUGCCGCUCGCCCCCAGGCCUCUGGCACAGGUGAAUUUGAUCUGUUCAGCACACUAAAUGGUACUUCUAAGGAGGACUUCUCUGACUUUGACAGCAUUCGUUCCUCAUCAGUUAAGACAGGAGAGGCCAGAGGAAUCUCCACCCUGCCCUCACGGCCCAACGCGUCAGCUAGCCCUGACCUGUUUGACUUGCAGCCGAGUGUCCCACUUAGAAAAACGCCCGAGUCCUUCCUGGGCCCCAACGCUGCGCUGGUCAACCUGGACUCCCUCGUGACCAAGCCACCACAGCCCACCCCCGUCUCCAACCCCUUCCUUGCAGCAGGAGCUGCCCCUCCCACAGCUCAGGUUAACCCCUUCCAGGUGAACCAGCCUCAGCCUCCCACCCUCAACCAGAUGCGGGUGAGCCCCAUGAUGGGCAUGAGCGCCCAGGGCUUCGGCGGCCUGCCCCAGAUGAGCGCGGACCCCAUGCCGCUCUCCUCCAUGCCUCCCCCGGGUCCCAUGACCAUGAUGCCCAUGACAGGCAUGGCGGCCCUGGCCCCCAUGGGCCACAUGAUGCCCGGCGUGGGCAUGGGCAUCCCGGGCUCCAUGUCCAUGCCCCAGCCGCUCAUGAGCACAGGGCUGCCCUCGUCGGGCACGGCCGCGCAGGCCGGCAGCACAACCAACCCCUUCCUGUUGUGAAGGACACUCCCUGGCUCUCUGCGCCCGUCCCCAUCGCAGAUGAGCACCACCUACAUCAGACAAUAAAACUCUUUCUGUGUUUUCAGACAGGUGUGCUAUUUUAUUAAGACUUUUUGGAGUAGCAACAGUGUUUACAGUUUUUUUUUUUUUUAAAGGCAGAACAUAUUGUCUGCCCAGUGGGAGGUAGGUACCCUACAGAAAUUGGUAUUUUUCUCACAAAUUUCCCAAAUGAAACCUCUUGUUUCAUUAAUGUGUUGUGAGUGUGAUAUCCUAUCACCCUUGAAGUCCACAGUAGCUCUCCAAAAGCCAGCAUAUUGUUCAAAGGGGUGUAACAAGUAAAAAAAAAAAAGCCUUUUGAUUGCUUUAAUCUUAUCAAAGGGUUGACAGUUUAGGAAUUCUGCUCCAUUUUUGUCUUUAGUCUAUUAAAGCAAUGUAUUCACUGAAGCUAACCUUUUUUAAUCAAAUUAACCUGAAAGUUCUAUGUCAGUGCAUAUACACUGUGUGUAUUUACAGGAUGCAUUAGUAGACACACAGUCUAGAGAACUCAAAUCGGUUUACAUUUAAUGUUUUUGAUGUUCUAAGCAGGGAUUUUGCACAAGCUUUAGUUUCUUUGACUGUUGGUUCACCAUUAGUCCUUAGGUAAAGAGAUACAAGGAUCAACUGUGGCAUCAGUACGGAGCAUAACAAAUGAUAAAAGUGUGUGCUGUUACUGCUUAGGACGCAGAGGAGGAGUCUGCACUUCUUGUCUGACUGGUUCCAAUCCUGACACUUUGGGGAUGAACUUUUACCGUUGGAGUUUCAGUACUUUUUAAGCGUGACAAGGAACCGGUUCACACGUGUAAUGGUGGCUUUUAAUUUUUACAAAAGCUGCCAUUUUUUACUGCAUACAAUCUGGAGGAAUUAUUAAUUGGGAUGAAUGGUAAUUUAAAUUCUAUUCUGUCGUACAGCUCACUUUUCAUCAUUUUUCUUGUGACUUUUCUUAAGUUUAAUAUGAAUCUAAUUUCUAAUUAAUACUUCAGUUUAGUAUUCAACUGCCUAGCUCUUUUUGAGUCAUGCUGUUAUGAUGAAAUAUCCAACAAUCUCAUCUGUUUUUUUUUUUUUUUUCCCCAGUAGAUCCUGUUUAUUUAUGUGUGUAGAAAAUAUGAAUUGUCAUAGAAGGAACAAAGGGAAUUGGGAAUUGUUUUCUUAAGGGCAGGUCCUGACCCGUCUUGCUGUAAUAAUCACCUACAAUAUCCUUUAUCUGAGCUGUUUCGUUUUCCCAUACAUGGUCAUCACCUCUACAGGUUUAUAAGCGUGUUAGUGCAUGUACAUAUCUACACUGCGUGUUUGUGUGUAUGCACAUAUAUACGUACAAAAACGUAUGUGUAGCAAAUACAUGUGCAUAUAAGUUAACUGUAAUGUAAUGAACUGUUUAUCUUCAGAUAUGUGAAAGUAUGCUCAUGCUACUUAGCAUUUGUCUGCCCUUCUAAGGUACAGAUACAUAAUAAUAUGUUCACUUGUUGAUAUGAGUAAUUGGGAGGCUUUUUUCUGUAAGAUUUCAUUAAACGAAUGGUGUUGGUGGGGGGGAUACCUGUUAAGAUGCGGUUAAGACUCAGGACAUUUUAGCUCCUGAAAAAAAUACUCUCAAAAAUGUUCUGUUUUUCUCAAGAUGUUCUGAAAAGAUUUAACAGUGGAGCAGUUGUUUUAAAGCCUGCCAAGGCCCUGGGUCUUUUAAACUAAAUGAUCUGCAUAGUGUCAUUUGACUAUGCAUUUUAGCUCCAAGCAUGUAUACAGUAAUGUGCCAGUUAAACAUGGGUAUAAGACUCAUCCAUUGUUUUGGAAAACCUCAGUAAGCUUGAAGGUACCUAUGGCAGUCCAGGUAUCCACUUUCUCUGGGGUUCACUGUUGAAUAGUUCUUCUAGGAAACGGAUCUCAAGCUUCAGUUGCAUAUAGGUUAAAUAAUUAAAGGUGGACUACUGAUCAUUGUCAAAGAACAGCAUUAGGGUGUCCUCACACGGGAUCAGAUCCAUUUUCUUUUCUACUCCAUUACGCAUGGGGAGAUUUAGGCUAGAAUAGAUCUUAUAGGAAGAAAGUGUGGGGUCACAGGUCAGGGUAAAAGCAGUUAAUACUGUGCAUCACCCUCUGCUUUGACGAGUUAGCAGAUUGAUUCUAAAGACAAAAUAUGCAAGAAAACCAAACUUGGGAAGUGUUGGAAAUCAGUAUGUUAAUUAGAUUGCCCCAUUCUAAAAUUUCAAAUUCUGAAAAUGCACCUACUCGUCCUGCGUAUCUUUCACAAACACCACUCGAUAACAUCAGUUUCACAUGAUCAUUACUGGUUGCAAAGUAGAACCACUUCUCAAGCACAAUAAACUUGCAGGGUCUCAAUCACAGAAUUUAGUUACCAAAGUCCCAACGGUUUAUACAAAAAGAGGUGCUGUAGUGUUUCCCGUUAA